ACCAAUAACAAACUGCAUUUCUCUUUCAGAAUCUCCGCCACCACCUUACUCCAAGCUAUCACCAAGCAAAAACCAGAACAACAUUGAUGACUUCCUGGAACACAACUUUGCUUACGACCAAGGGGCGAUAGAACCGUCCAACAACAGCAGCGACCUUUGGCCAGAUUUUGGCUUGGGCCCGCAUCUGUCAAGAGAGGCCCAUUGGUGCAGCGUGGCCUAUUGGGAGCACAGGACCCGGGUGGGCCGGCUCUACGCUGUCCACGAGCCCUCGGUGGGGGUCUUCUGCGACCAGCCCCGGGGAAACGGCUUCUGCCUGGGCCAGCUCCACGUGGCCGACCGGCACGAGAUGGUGAGGAGGACCCGGGGCAAGAUAGGCCGGGGCAUCCUGCUCAGCCGCGAGUGGGACGGGGUCUGGGCCUACAACCGCAGCGAGCACCCCGUCUUCGUCAACUCCCCCACCCUGGGGCCCCCCAACUCCCGCAGGCUCUCCGUCCACAAGGUGCAGCCCGGAUACUCCGUCAAGAUCUUCGACUACCACAAGGCCCGGGCCUUGCAGAGGACGGCCAUCUUGGAUUUUCCCGAUGGCCCCUACGACCCCAACAGCAUCCGGAUAAGCUUUGCCAAAGGCUGGGGCCCUUGCUAUUCCAGACAGUUCAUCACCUCUUGCCCCUGCUGGCUGGAGAUACUGUUGAACCACUCGUGAAGGAUUGUCCGCCUCUCGUCUAGACUUUAGAGACACGGUGCGGAAACGGGCCCUUAGGCCCAACGAGCCUGAGCCGACCAGCGACACACUGGCACUAUCCUACACACACUAGGGGGCAAUUUACAAUUUACAGAAGCCAAUUAACCCACAAACUUGUACUGUUGGGAGUGUGUGGGAGGAAACCGGAGCACCCGGAGAAAACCCACGCAGGCCGCCGGGAGAACGUGCAAACUCCGUGCAGGCAGCACCCCUGGUCAGGUUCGAGAACAUAGACGAUAGGCGCAGGAGUAGGCCAUUCGGCCCUUCGAGCCUUCGAGAGGAAAGGAAGAGGCGGAGGCUGUGGGGGGAGCUGGGAAGGGGAGGGGAAGGAGGGAGAAAGCAGGGACUACCUGAAAUUGGUGAAGUCAAAAUGUUCAUCUCGCUGGGGUGUAAACUACCCAAGCGAAAUAUGAGGAGCUGCUCCUCCAAUUUGUGUUGGGACUCACUCUGGCCAUGGAUGAGGCCCAGGACAGAAAGGUUGGAUUGGGAAUGGGAGGGGGAGUUGAAGUGCUGAGCCUCCGGGAGAUCAGGUUGGUUAUAGCGGACUGAGCGGAGGUGUUGGGCGAAGCAAUCGCCAAGCCUGCAUGUGAGUCUACAUGUUCAUAAGUGAUCGGAGCAAAAUGGAGAUGAGGAGGAAUUUCUUUAGCCAGAGGGUGGUGAAUCUGUGGAAUUCAUUGCCACACAGAAGGCUGUGGAGUCCAAGUCCAAUGGGUAUUUUUAAAGCAGAAAUUCUUGAUUGGUACGGGUGUCAGGGGGUAUAGAAACAUAGAAACAUAGACAAUAGGUGCAGGAGUAGAGGCCAUUCGGCCCUUCGAGCCUGCACCAGCACCGCCAUUCAAUAUGAUCAUGGCUGAUCAUCCAACUCAGUAUCCCAUCCCUGCCUUCUCACCAUACCCCCUGAUCCCUUUAGCCACAAGGGCCACAUCAGUCAACAAAAUAGAGAGAGUACAGAGGAGAUUUACUAGAAUGUUGCCUGGGUUUCAACAACUAAGUUACAGAGAUAGGUUGAAUAAGUUAGGUCUUUAUUCUCUGGAGCGCAGAAGGUUAAAGGGGGGACUUGAUAGAGGUCUUUAAAAUGAUGAGAGGGAUAGACAGAGUUGAUGUGGACAAGCUUUUCCCUUUGAGAAUAGGGAAGAUUCAAACAAGAGGACAUGACUUCAGAAUUAAGGGACAGAAGUUUAGGGGUAACAUGAGGGGGAACUUCUUUACUCAGAGAGUGGUAGCGGUGUGGAAUGAGCUUCCAGUGGAAGUGGUGGAGGCAGGUUCGUUGGUAUCAUUUAAAAAUAAAUUGGAUAGGCAUAUGGAUGAGAAGGGAAUGGAGGGUUGUGGUAUGAGUGCAGGCAGGUGGGACUAAGGGGAAAAAAAAAAAUUUGUUCGGCAUGGACUUGUAGGGCCGAGAUGGCCUGUUUCUGUGCUGUAAUUGUUAUAUGGUUAUAUGGUUAUCUAACUCCCUCUUAAAUAUAGCCAAUGAACUGUGUGGCCUCAACUACCCUCUGCUGGAGUAACUCAGCUGGACAGGCUGCGUAUGUGGAGAGAAGGAAUGGGUGACGUUUCGGGUCGAGACCCUUCAGGCUGAGAGUCGGGGGGGGGGGGGGGGGGGGGGAGAGGGAAAGGAGAGAUAUAGACAGUGAUGUAGAGAGAUAUAGAACUAAUGAUUGAAAUAUAGGCAAAGAUGAUUAAGGAAACAGGUCGUUGUUAGCUGUGGUUUAGGUGAAAACUAGUUACAGACAAUGUGAAGCGAGUCCGAUCAGGAUGGAGAGAGGGGGGGGAUAGACAACAGGUGCAGGAGUAGAGGCCAUUCAGCCCUUCGAGCCAGCACUGCCAUUCAAUGUGAUAAUAGACAAUAGGUGCAGGAGUAGGCCAUUCGGCCCUUCGAGCCAGCACCAGCACCGCCAUUCAAUGUGAUAACAGACAAUAGACAAUAGGUGCAGGAGUAGAGGCCAUUCAGCCCUUCGAGCCAGCACCAGCACCGCCAUUCAAUGUGAUCAUGGCUGAUCAUCCCCAAUCAGUUCCCCGUUCCUGCCUUUUCUCCCCAUAUCCCCUGACUCUCUCUCGCUAUCUUUAAGAGCCCUAUCUAGCUCUCUCUUGAAAGAAUUCUCUCCAGAGAACCGGCCUCCACCGCCCUGAGGCAGAGAAUUCCACAGACUCACAACUC